UAUAAGAAAAAAAUAAAAUUAAUGACAUAACCCAGACAUAACCUAAAUAAAUAUUACUUUGUCUAAAUUUGUUUUUCAGCAGAACAGUCAUUUGUUUUAACAUGUCCCAAUUACCAGUGAUUGGUUUAAAGACUCAUACACAGCGAGUUAAGUCUUUAUACAAGCAAGCUCUGAGAUGCCUAGAAGCAUGGUAUGAUAGAAGAGAGGUCUAUCGCUAUCAUGCUGUUUUAAUGCGAGAUAGAUUUGAUAAAAAUAGGGAUAUAAAAAACCUUGCAAUGGCUGGAGAUUUGGUGGCAAAAGGUGAAGAAGAAUUGUUCCAAAAAGGUCACUGGCACCCAAGAAAAUUCCCUAACUCUCCUGGGGGUGUUGCAUAUGAAAGAGAAGUUAUCCCUCCGGAUUGGGUUGUUGAUUAUUGGCAUCCAUUAGAAAAGGCACAAUAUCCUGAUUAUUUUGCCAGGCGAGAAGAAAGAAAGAAGGAAUUUAUUAAAAAUUGGGUAAAGAAAUAUGGUCAAACAGCAAUUGACUCUUCACAUUAGAGGUUGUAUAUACAGUAUCUGUAUGCAGAUAAUUUA